AUGGGUCUUGUAGAGUCGAGCUGGCCUCAAAGGCUCUUGAGUUUACUGCCAGUGGAGGUGGCCGACGUUUUGGCCCGACUAGAUCCUACAGCAGCCGAUGACUACGCAUCCGUAAAGUCAUGCCUGCUUAGGAAGUUCAGGUUGUCGCCUGAAGCUUUUCGACAGAAAUUUCGAGAGACAAGGAAAGGACCGGACGAAAGUUACGCGGAGUUCGCUUAUAAGCUUAAAGGCUUUCUGGAAAGUUGGCUCCGUGGUGUCAACUCUUACGAGGAUCGUGAAAAGGUGCUGGAGCAGAUAGCACUAGAGCAGUUUCUCUCCUGUAUUCCGACAGGUCUAAAGGAGUGGAUUCAGGAUAGACCGGAAGUAGAAACGGUGCAAAAAGCUGCAGAUUACGCGGAUGAGUACUGCUCUAGGCACGGGAAGAAAGUUGUUGAAGAAAACCGUAGCUCAAACCGUUUCUACGAACGAUGCGGACCUCGCACGUUCGUGAAGAAAGGCGCCGAAAAGGGCAAAGAGAGUGAAGUACCGACAAAGGGAGUGUCUGAUUCAGACGAAAACAAACGUAAAAUGAAGGCGUUCGAGGAGCGUAAACCAAUAGUGUGCUACAGGUGUAAACAGCCUGGUCAUGUCGCUUCUGGUUGCCGCGUCCCUAAAGUUGCUCCCGUUAACUUGUGUCUGGGAGAAGCGGAGGACUUACUCAGGCCGUAUCUGUACGACAUGAAAGUAAAUGGUAAAUUCUGCAAAGGUUUACGAGAUACCGGCGCCACGUAUGAUCUGGUACACUCUUCGCUAGUGGAGCAAGAACAUUUUACAGGCGACUGUGUGUGGAUCCGUCAGGCCUUGGAAAAUCGGGCAGUUAGUCUGCCCGUCGCUAAGGUAAAACUAAACGGACCUUUCGGAGUAGUGGAAACGGAAGCAGCUGUUUCUGACGGAGUGCUUCCAAACUGUCCGUACAUACUGUCAAACAGAACUGCAAGGCAAUUGAGCGAGUCGGGUAUACCGCUUGACAUGAAUCCUGUUCUAGUCGUCACGCGCUCAAUGACAACUAGUGCAGUGCCGGAAACACUUCAGACGGAAGCGCGCGCGUCGACUGGUAAAACCAGCAGCGGGCCCGAUAAAGAGCCGAACGAAGGAGCUGACAUGACCACGCUGGUUUCGCCGGAGAGCAGCAAUUUUCGUGCGCUAGCCGGUGUAGAUAAGCUUACGCUUAUCGCCGAACAGUCAUCCGACCCGAGUCUUUCAAAGUGUCGUGAUAGCGUGGGAAAAGAUAUCAAGCCGAACAUCUCCUUCUUUAUGAGCAACGGCAUUCUUUACCGUAGUUUCAAGGACAAAUCGGGGAACGAGGUAGAUCAGAUUGUCGUUCCAUCCAAGUAUAGAAUUGCAUUACUCGAGCUUGCUCACGGAGAAGGGUGGUCGGGACACCUAGGAAUCACAAAGACCAAGUGCAGGCUUUUGGCAGAAUAUUAUUGGCCGGGCUGCUUUAAGGAGGCUGAGCAAUUCGUCCGUUCUUGCGACACCUGCCAAAGAACAGGACGACCAAACGAGCGCCGAAAGGCGCCUCUGACACUAGUGCCCAUAAUCACGGAACCUUUCAAAAGGCUUGUGAUAGACGUCGUAGGACCCCUACCUACAACUAAGACGGGUUUUAGGUACCUUCUAACGAUAUUAUGCCCAGCCAGCAAGUUCCCAGAAGCCGUUCCAAUGAAAGAGCAGACAUCGGUCGAAGUAGUAGAUAACUUGCUCUCGAUCUUUUCUCGGAUCGGGUUUCCUAGUGAAAUUCAAUGUGAUCUGGGUAGUGUUUUUACCAGUGCUCUAACAACCAGCUUUUUCGAGAGGUGUGGCAUUAAGAUUGUUCACAGUUCUGUAAGCCACCCGUAA